CUGAGCCAAGUGUAGACGCUACGAUUGUAGGUGAAACCAAUAAAAUUACAACAGUUACAACCACAACAGUAACUACUGAGUCCACUAACGAAACUGCUGUUCCCGAAGAACCCAAGAAAGUUGAUGAAAAAAACACGAGGAACCCAAGAAACCAGCUUAUGCCGGUCUACCCGUGGACGACUCUUCCAGCUCUUGGAUGGAUGUUUUGGAUGAGCCAAUGAACUUCUCCGAUGAUGAAGAGGAACCAGCUCCUGAGCCAAAAACGGAAGUCUCCCUAGUGGAAGAAGUAGAGAAGUCUAAGCCAAGUGUAGACGCUACGAUUGUGGGUGAAACCAAUAGAAUUACAACAGUUACAACCACUACAACAGUAACUACUGAGUCCACUAACGAAACUGCUGUUCCCGAAGAACCCAAGAAAGUUGAUGAAAAAAAACGCGAGGAACCCAAGAAACCAGCUUAUGCCGGUCUACCCGUGGACGACUCUUCCAGCUCUUGGAUGGAUGUUUUGGAUGAGCCAAUGAACUUCUCCGAUGAUGAAGAGGAACCAGUUCCUGAGACAAAAGUGGAAGUCUCCCUAGUGGAAGAAGUAGAAAAGUCUGAGCCAAUUGUUGACGCUCCGAUUGUGGAUGAAACCAGAACAAUUACAACAGUUACCACCACAACAGUAACUACUGAGUCCACCAGCGAGACUGCUGCUCCCGAAGAACCCAAGAAAGUUGAGGAAAAGACACAGGAGGAACUCAAGAAACCAGCAUAUGCCGGUCUGCCCGUGGACGACUCUUCCAGCUCUUGGAUGGAUGUUUUGGAUGAGCCAAUGAACUUCUCCGAUGAUGAAGAGGAAUCUGUUCCUGAGCCACAAACGGAGAUAACGCUAGUGGCAGUAUCAGAAAAGUCUGAGCCAAUCGUUAAAGCUCCGAUUGUGGAUGAAACUACAACAGUUACCACUACAAUAGUAAUUACUGAAUCCACCAGCGAAACUGCUGUUCCCGAAGAACCCAAGAAAGUUGAUGAAAAGACACCGGAGGAACCCGAGAAACCAGCUAAUGGCGGUCUGCCCGUGGAAGACACUUCCAGCUCUAAGUCUAAGCCAACUGUUGAAGCUCCUACUGUGCUUAAAACGAAGGAUACGACUAAAUCAGACCAGGAAAUUUCUUACCCGACUGAAGUCGAACCACUUAAAAAACCAGAAGAAUUUCCAGUGGAAGCCAGGGCAAUUCCUAUGAAAUCAUCGCCUCCUAAUGUGUGGGAACUGCAUUCAUCGUAUGCUGAUGUCUUAAGGCACACUGUUGACUUUAUAAGCUUGGAAAAGAAAAAUGUAGAAAUCCCAUCUAAGCCCAAAACUGGUAAACCUGAUUUAACAAAAGAUCAAGUCACAAUUGUCUCGAAGAAAACCAAAACCAAGAAAGAUAAAUCGUUCAAGAAAACAAUACAAAAUAUGACUCCUGAUGCCGAAGUGAUACCCAUCGUAAAAGAAUCACUAACGGACGAUGUUACAACCUCUUGGUCAGCAAUGGUUGAUGAGGAUUUGAGUGACAACGUUGAAGCGAGUCUGCCCAGUAGCGGUAAUACUUUGUGGUCUUCGGUUGUACGACAAGGUGUCCAGGAACCUUUCACAAAACUAACUCAGCCUGCCGACCAUAAUGACACGUCUAUAGAAAUUCCCUCCAAGCAACAACAACCUCAACACAAAAAGGAAAAGACUCCAAAACAAAUUUCUGCGCCAAUUCAAGCACAAGAACCAGAACUCCAGACUGUUCAUGAAACUAAAACUUCGACCGAAACAAGCACAACAGCUCCUACGAAAGACAUUCACGAAUUCAUUGUCCACGAAAGAAACUCUUCCAUUGAAAAUCACAAGAAACAAAAAUCAAAGAAGGAAAAGAAACCUGCUAAAUCAGUACCAGUUACUGAAGUGGUGACAAAUGUUGAAGAGUCUUUUGUUGAUGUAACUACUAUUAGCGAUGAUCCUAAGAUAGAGCGUGAACAAAAACCAACUUCGGUUUCAGAAAAUUCUCCGUUAAAAUCCGUGUCAUGGUCAUCCAUUGUCUCGCAGACGGUGAUAACAACUCCAAUAAUUACUGAAACUAAACUAACAAAAACACCAGAAGAACCCAUCAAAUCUACAGAGGUUCAAGACUUUAUAAGUCAAGAACAAAUCUUUUCAACUGCAGUUAAUGGCAAACAUAAAAAACAAAAGUCAAAGAAAGACAAGAAAUUUUCUAGUGCGGAAAUUAAAAAUGAACCAGCUUUUGAAGUGAGUCCAGUACAAGAAACCAUUGCUGUUUCCACAGUUUCUGAAGAAGCUACUUCACAAUUUAAACCUGUUACUUCCGAGGAAGUGGUCCCAUCGCAAACAUUGUCUUGGUCUUCUAUUGUUUCUCAGGACGAAGGCUUAGUUGCUUUAACAGACGAUAUUCUCCUCAACAAAGAAAAGACUAAAAAGGUAAAGGCAAAGAGGGAAAAAAUAACUAAGAUAAAUCAAGCUGCAAGUUCUGAACCUGUUUUUGAGCCGAUUGUUGAAGUCAUUACACUUGUUGAACCUGUUCUUGAGGUGACCACUGUCGUCGAAGUUACUCCUGAGGCGCAACCAGAAUCCUCUCCAGUUACUAAUGUUGCCCCAUUACCGUCUCAGUCCUGGUCUUCCAUUGUUUCUCAAACAACGGAAGUGACUACAAACAUCACCGACACUAGUAUCGCCGUUGAACCCGAAGUUCUGAAACCAACAGAAGAAAAACCCAAAAAGCAGAAGACAAAGAAGGAAAAGAAAUCUAAGGCUGAUCCUGUUCAAGAGCCGGUAGCUGAGGCUGCACUUCCUCAACCUGUUGUUGAACCCAUUGUUAUUGAACCUGUUGUUGAGGUGACCACUGUCCUCGAUGUUACUCCUGAGGCACAACCGGAAGUAGCUCCAUCACAGUCUCUUUCGUGGUCAUCUAUUGUUUCUCAAACAACGGAAGUCACUACAAACAUCACCGAGACUAGCAUCGCAGAUGAACCCGAAGUUCAGCUACCAACCGAAGAAAAACCCAAAAAGCAGAAGACAAAGAAGGAAAAGAAAUCGAAGGCUGAUCCUGUUCAAGAACAGAUUGCUGAGGCUGCACUUCCUGAACGUGUUGUUGAACCUAUUGUUGAAAUCACCAGAGUCAUUGAACCUGUUGUUGAACCCAUUGUUGAAGUCACCACAGUUAUUGAACCUGUUGUUGAGGUGACCACUGUCGUCGAUUUUACUCCUGAGGCACAACCGGAAUCCACUCCAGUUUUUGAAGUAGCCCCAUCACAGUCUCUGUCGUGGUCAUCUAUUGUAUCUCAAACAACGGAAGUCACAACAAACAUCACUGAGACUAGCAUCGCCGAUGAACCCGAAGUUCAGAAACCAACAGAAGAAAAACCCAAAAAGCAAAAGACAAAGAAGGAAAAGAAAUCUAAGUUUGAUCCUGUUCAAGAGCCGGUUGCUGAGGCUGCACUUCCUCAACCUGUUGUUGAACCCAUUGUUGAAGUCACCACAGUUAUUGAACCUGUUGUUGAGGUGACCACUGUAGUCGAUGUUACUCCUGAGGCACAGCCGGAAUCUAUCCCAGUUACUGAAGUAGCCCCACCACAGUCUCUGUCGUGGUCUUCCAUUGUUUCUCAAACAACGGAAGUCACUACAAACAUCACCGAGACUAGCAUCGCAGAUGAACCCGAAGUUCAGCAACCAACAGAAGAAAAACCCAAAAAGCAGAAGACAAAGAAGGAAAAGAAAUCGAAGGCUGAUCCUGUUCAAGAGCCGGUUGCUGAGGCUGCACUUCCUGAACGUGUUGUUGAACCUAUUGUUCAAGUCUCCGCAGUAAUUGAACCUGUUUUUGAGGUGACCACUGUCGUCGAUGUUACUCCUGAGGCACAACCGGAAUCCACUCCAGUUUCUGAAGUAGCCCCAUCACAGUCUCUGUCGUGGUCAUCUAUUGUUUCUCAAACAACGGAAGUCACUACAAACAUCACCGAGACUAGGAUCGCAGAUGAACCCGAAGCUCAGAAACCAACAGAAGAAAAACCCAAAAAGCUGAAGACAAAGAAGGAAAAGAAAUCUAAGGCUGAUCCUGUUCAAGAGCCGGUUGCUGAGGCUGCACUUCCUGAACCUGUUGUUAAACCUAUUGUUGAAGUCACCACAGUAAUUGAACCUGUUGUUAAGGUGACCACUGUCGUCGAUGUUACUCCUGAGGCACAACCGGAAUCCACUCCAGUUUCUGAAGUAGCCCCAUCACAGUCUCUGUCGUGGUCAUCUAUUGUAUCUCAAACAACGGAAGUCACAACAAACAUCACCGAGACUAGCAUCGCCGAUGAAACCGAAGUUCAGAAACAAACAGCAGAAAAACCCAAAAAGCAGAAGACAAAGAAGGAAAAUAAAUCUAAGGUUGAUCCUGUUCAAGAGCCGGUUGCUGAGGCUGCACUUCCUGAACCUGUUGUUGAACCCAUUGUUGAAGUCACCACAGUUAUUGAACCUGUUGUUGAGGUGACCACUGUCGUCGAUGUUACUCCUGAGGCACAACCGGAAUCCACUCCAGUUUCUGAAGUAGCCCCAUCACAGUCUCUGUCGUGGUCAUCUAUUGUAUCUCAAACAACGGAAGUCACAACAAACAUCACUGAGACUAGCAUCGCCGAUGAACCCGAAGUUCAGAAACCAACAGAAGAAAAACCCAAAAAGCAAAAGACAAAGAAGGAAAAGAAAUCUAAGGUUGAUCCUGUUCAAGAGCCGGUUGCUGAGGCUGCACUUCCUCAACCUGUUGUUGAACCCAUUGUUGAAGUCACCACAGUUAUUGAACCUGUUGUUGAGGUGACCACUGUGGUCGAUGUUACUCCUGAGGCACAGCCGGAAUCUAUUCCAGUUACUGAAGUAGCCCCACCACAGUCUCUGUCGUGGUCAUCUAUUGUUUCUCAAACAACGGAAGUCACUACAAACAUCACCGAGACUAGCAUCGCCGAUGAACCCAAAGUAAAGGAGCCCACAGAAGAAAAACCCAAAAAGCAGAAGACAAAGAAGGAAAAGAAAUCUAAGGCUGAUCCUGUUCAAGAGCCGGUUGCUGAGGCUGCACUUCCUGAACCUGUUGUUGAACCUAUAGUUGAAGUCACCACAGUAAUUGAACCUGUUGUUAAGGUGACCACUGUCGUCGAUGUUACUCCUGAGGCACAGCCGGAAUCUAUCCCAGUUACUGAAGUAGCCCCACCACAGUCUCUGUCGUGGUCAUCUAUUGUUUCUCAAACAACGGACGUCACUACAAACAUCACCGAGACUAGCAACGCCGAUGAACCCAAAGUAAAGGAGCCCACAGAAGAAAAACCCAAAAAGCAGAAGCCAAAGAAGGAAAAGAAAUCUAAGGUUGAUCCUGCUCAAGAGCUCGUUGCUGAGGCUGCACUUCCUGAACCUGUUGUUGAACCCAUUGUUGAGGCUGCACUUCCUGAACCUGUUGUUGAACCCAUUGUGGAAGCCACCACAGUUGUAGAACCUGUUUUUGAGGUUACCAGGAUCAUCGAAGUUACUCCUGAGGCACAACCGGAAUCCACUCCAGUUUCUGAAGUAGCCCCAUCACAGUCUCUGUCGUGGUCAUCUAUUGUUUCCCAAACAACGGAAGUCACUACAAACAUCACCGAGACUAGCAUCGCCGAUGAACCCGAAGUUCAGAAAACAACAGAAGAAAAACCCAAAAAGCAGAAGGCGAAGAAAGAAAAAAAAACUGUUUUUGAACCCAGUGUUGCAGUCACCACAGUUAUUGAACCUGUUGUUGAGGUGACCACUGUCGUCGAUGUUACUCCUGAGGCACAACCGGAAUCUUCUACAGUUACUGAAGUAGCCCCACCACUGUCGCUGUCGUGGGCAUCUAUAGUUUCUCAAACAACGGAAGUCACUACAAACAGCACCGAGACCAGCAUCGCCGAUGAACCCGAAGUUCAGAAACCAACUGAAGAAAAACCCAAAAAGCAGAAGACAAAGAAGGUAAAGAUAUCUAAGGUUGAUCCUGUUCAAGAGCCGGUUGCUGAGGCUGCACUUCCUCAACCUGUUGUUGAACCCAUUGUUGAAGUCACCACAGUUAUUGAACCUGUUGUUGAGGUGACCACUGUAGUCGAUGUUACUCCUGAGGCACAGCCGGAAUCUAUCCCAGUUACUGAAGUAGCCCCACCACAGUCUCUGUCGUGGUCUUCCAUUGUUUCUCAACAACGGAAGUCACUUACAAACAUCACCGAGACUAGCAACGCCGAUGAACCCAAAGUAAAGGAGCCCACAGAAGAAAAACCCAAAAAGCAGAAGCCAAAGAAGGAAAAGAAAUCUGUUUUUGAACCCAGUGUUGAAGUCACCACAGUUAUUGAACCUGUUGUUGAGGUGACCACUGUGGUCGAUGUUACUCCUGAGGCACAGCCGGAAUCUAUUCCAGUUACUGAAGUAGCCCCACCACAGUCUCUGUCGUGGUCAUCUAUUGUAUCUCAAACAACGGAAGUCACUACAAACAUCACCGAGACUAGCAUCGCCGAUGAACCCGAGGUUCAGAAAACAACAGAAGAAAAACCCAAAAAGCAGAAGACAAAGAAGGAAAAGAAACCCAAGUUGAACCCUGUUCAAGAGCCUGUUGAGACUGCAGUUCCUGAACCUGUAUUUGAAGUGACUACUGGAAAUAAACCUGAAGUUCAGGAAGAUUUGCCAAAGCAAACGUUAUCAUGGUCGUCUAUCUUCGCUAAGACUGUUGAAGAUUCUUCUGCUCCAAAAACCAAUGAAAAUCAACUCCAGCCCCAUGACAGUCAAGACUUUAUAUUGCAUGAACAAAAAAUAGUGUCCACUACGGAAGAAAAAAAUAAAAAACUAAAGAAGGAAAUGGAAUCUGUUGAAAUCGAUAAACCAGCCGUAGAAAUUACAACCGUUUCAGAUGGUUCGAGUGUAAAAAUACCAGAACAGACCGAUUCAGUUCCAUCACAAACUUUGUCUUGGUCCUCGAUUGUUUCCCAAGAAAUAAAUGAGCCACAAACGGUAAUUGUUAGCUCGCAGUCUACUUCAAAAUCUCAGGAUAUUUAUGACUUUAUUGCCCAGGAGCAGAAUUUCUCUACGGUUGUCAACGAUAAGACCAAGAAACAGAAACCCAAGAAGGAAAAGAAAACUGUACAGCCUAUUCAACAGCCAAUUACAGAAAUUGUUUCUGGACCUAAGGAUCAUUCUCGAGAGAGUGAAUCAGUUCCUGAGCCGUUGCCAACACAAACAUUGUCAUGGUCGUCUAUUGUUUCGCAUAAUAUCGAUUUGACUCCAACGUUUACCGAAACACGUGUUAAUAAAACCACCGAUGCGAUCGCAAGUAAUCAAGACGCUCAGGACUCUAAUCCCCUGGACCGGGAGCAGUCAACACACGUUGACGUAAGUCGACCAAAACAAAAGCCGAAAAAGGAGAAGAAAAUUCCUAAAACUUUUGAAAAACAAAUUAUUGAGCCAUACGUUGCUUUUGAAAAGGAACCAGAGAGUGACCGCGUUUCUGGAUCUUCAUCGCCCGAGUUCAACAUCCAGUUGCCGGCACUGCCAAAACCAUCUGUAUGGUCAUCAUCAGAGACCUACGCCGAAGUAGUAAGGAAAUCUGGUUACACCAAUAACACAAACAUUAAGUAUCAGAAUCCUGAAGCGGCCAAGCAUAACCUGAUUGGUCAAAAACAGCAGGCUACCGAAGUCCAGACACAGGAAGUGUUAUUGGAGUUCCCCGAUCCCAUCAUUCCGCCAGUUAAAGAAGCGGAAACACUCGACUAUCCUGAAAAACACCCCCAGUUAUCCUGGAAGGAUCUUAUUGAUGAAGAUGAAGUAGAUACUACAGAGUCUUGGUAUCAGGAGGAAACAAUGGCCGUAGAAACUAAAUUCCAGGAACCGGUACAAGAAAGACAUUCGCGAAUCAGGGAUAAACCAAUGAUCGAAAUUACUGAAGUAUUUACUGAAACCCAACCACAGCCCGAGAUUGAGCAAGGAUUCCUUGAAAUUACGUCAAAGAAAAGAAAUCGCUCACGCUCUCGCUCGCAACAAUCGCAGAUUUCUAAUGUCGACGAGAAACCACAAAAGAAAAAAUCAAGGAAACCAAAGAGUAAGACGGAUACAACCCCAACUCAAAAACCAGUGGAAACUCCUGAGGUUGUUAGGUCCCCUAAGGAAAUUGAGCCAUUUGUAGAAGAUAACCAUGCUCCCAUUCCGGUUAGGGACCCGUCUCCAUCUCCUGCUCCAUCUCCUUAUACUUCUGGUAUGUCAUGGGCCGCAAUAGCCGCACAUAACGUUCCAGAACCUGCUCAACGAAUUCGACCCCUUGAAGUUGAGACCAAGGAAACUGCUGUUGAAGACGUGAAGAAAUCAACAAAAGAGCAUACAGUAAGCAUACCAAUCAAUUUGGAAACAACGGAGCCAAGGACUAAAAAACCAAAGCAAAAGUCGAAGCGUAAAUCACCCACUGAUGUGGUUGAUUUUAUAAAUGCUGAAAAAUAUAGUCAUCAAGUGGUUGUUCCCGAGCCCACUCAAAAAGAGAAUAAAACAGUCGAGUUCGUCGAAGUGGAAAGCAAUCAGAGAACUCCUAUGGUUCCAUUUAUAGAAAUUCCCCAAGAAACUGAGAUAAGUUCCAUUACAGUUGAGAACGUAACCGCUACUUCAACUACGACAGAACUAAAAACUCCUCUUGCUCCAUUUGCAAAAAUUGUCGAUUCUGAAACACACACAACGGUAACCAAGAUCAAAACAGAAAAGGAUGCGAUCAUUCAAGAUAAAACAGUUCCUAAACAACAGAAGGAAGUUGUGCUUGUCGAAGUUGUAAAGAAGCCUGAGCCAAUUGUUGAUAUUUCGACCGACGAUGAAACAAAAACAAUUACAACAAUUACCACAACAACUGUUACUACUGGCUCGACCAGCGAAACUGCUAUUCCUGAACAACCCAAGAAAGCUGAUAAAUCGGAAAAAACAUUUGAGGAGCCCAAGAAACCAGCAUAUGCCGGUCUGCCUGUGGACGACUCUUCCAGCUCUUGGAUGGAUGUUUUGGAUGAGCCAAUGAACUUCUCCGAUGAUGAAGAGGAACCUGUUCCUGAGCCCCAAACGGAAGUAACGCUAGUGGCAGUAACAGAAAAGUCUGAGCCAAUUAUUAAAGCUCCGAUUGUGGAUGAAACUAAAACAACUACAACAGUUACCACUACAAUAGUAACUACUGAAUCCACCAGCGAAACUGCUGUUCCCGAAGAACCGGAGGAACUCAAGAAACCAGCAUAUGCCGGUCUGCCCGUGGACGACUCUUCCAGCUCUUGGAUGGAUGUUUUGGAUGAGCCAAUGAACUUCUCCGAUGAUGAAGAGGAACCUGUUCCUGAGCCCCAAACGGAAGUAACGCUAGUGGCAGUAACAGAAAAGUCUGAGCCAAUUGUUGACGCCUCGAUAGUGGAUGAAACCAAAACAAUUACAACAGUUACCACUACAACAGUAACUACUGAGUCCACCAGCGAGACUGCUGUUCCCGAAAAGGUUGAGGAAAAGACGCAGGAGGAACCCAAGAAACCAGCUUAUGCCGGUCUGCCCGUGGACGACUCUUCCAGCUCUUGGAUGGAUGUUUUGGACGAGCCAAUGAACUUCUCGGACGAUGAAGAAAUUGAAGAAAAUACACCUUUGGCGCCAUUCAAGAACGUCGUCGAUGCUCAAAAAUCCGAUCUAGUUAAGGUGGAAACUAUUGUUGAGACUGCUACUUCUUUCUCAUCAGGCAGACAAACCAGAACUACCUAGCACUCCUUCUGAAAUCAUCACUGAGCUCGUAAAAUCAGCUGAUUUGGUUCAGAGUCCAGCCGAAAAUAUAGUUGAGGCUGCAGCGGGUCUUGAAAGUAAUCAAAUAAUCACCGAGACUCCAUUGGCGCCUUUUGAAACG